UCAUCGGAUUAGUUUGAUUUCCACGUACUUCAUCAAGAGGAACAACACUGCUUUCAUUCUGUUCAAUAUCUGUUGAAAAUGUCCAUCAGCAUGUGGGUAUUUCUUGUGUUUUUCAUCAGUAUUAAAGAUCUUGUGAAUAGCGAGUGGGAUGAGUUAAAGACCGUGAUGGAGGGAGAUGUUCUAGCUCUACAAACAAGAGACACAGAGAGUCUCAGCAAAGUAACAUGGGUGUAUAAAAGAGGUAAUCAAACUGUCCGUAUUGCACAGAUGUAUCAGGGUAAUGCACCCUUCUAUGAUGAGAGACUAACCGGCAGAGUGAAAAUGGACCCAAAGACAGGAGCACUGACCAUCUGGAACAUCAGCAGCGGCGAUUCUGGACUGUAUCAAGUUUCUCUCCAGAGUGGAUCCAUGUCAAAUAAAAGGUUCAGAGUGGACGUUUAUGGCACUGUUUCUGUACCUGUCAUUAGACUUGUGAUUAGUGGAAACCAAAAUCAAGGUUCAUUAAAGUCACAGAAGAUGGAGGAGUUCUGCUCUGUGUUCUGCUCUGUAAGAAACGAUCGAGACGUGUCCAUCUCAUGGAAUAAAGGGAGUGAAAUCCUGAACCAGACGAGCAAUCCUGAUCUCAACAUCAACCUUAGUUUACCAUUACAGCUCCAUUAUAAUGAUUCAGAGACCUAUAGCUGCAUGGCUGUGAAUCCAGUGAGCAAUAAGACUGUCCGUCUUUACAUGAAAGACAUCUGCCUACGACAGGAAGGUAGGCCAACUCAUUUACCACAAUACACUUCCUGCCACAGUGGCCUCAGUCCUGUUUCUGUGUCUCCACAGACAAAGACAUUUUAUGGCACAGAACUCUCUUCUCUUUCAGAUUGUCAGGAUCACUGUGGCGUUACUGAGGCUCUGAUUCGUCUGGUUCUUUCUGGUCUGGUGGGAAUCACCACUGUUGGAUUUCUGGUUGAGCAUCUGAGGUUCUUCUCACCUCAUAGAAGAGCUGCUUCAUCUGGAUGA